AUGAUGCGUCGCAUGGGUACAGCGAGCGAGUGGUUUCCACCGCCCGGCGACGCCAACGAGCAGUUCUGGCAGGGUGCCAACGGCGACGCCGCCGGGGCGGGCAACGGAAACGGAGCGGCGGACGAGGAGCAGGAGGGUGCAGCGGGCAGCGGCGGGCCGUACACUGGGUACGUGCCGAAUCCGACGGGCACGAACCACCAACUGCCGGUGAUCGUGCAAUUCCACGAGGGCGCGUUCGUGACCGGCAGCAAGGACUCCGCCUGCAACGACACCUUCUGCCGACGACUCGCACGGGUACCGCCUUCCGCCCUCACUGCUUCCUCGCUCCUCCGUGACUCCCGGAUCCCUCGUCUUGCAUCUCAUUCGCUUCAAAUCUCAUUUUCUGCUUCCCCCCAACUCUCUGGCCUCGCCUCUCCGCGCGGCGGGCGCGUGCGCGCGCAGGUGUGCAACGCGAUCGUGGUGGCGGUGGGGUACCGGCUAGCGCCAGAGCACAAGUGCCCGGCGGCGUACGACGAUGGGUACGAGGUGCUCAAGUGGCUGUCGCGACAGGCCAUCCUCGCUGACGCCGAGGCCGACGUGCGCUCCUCGCACGCGCAGGUGACCGGGGGAAGGGGUGAGAGUGUGGGUGUGUGCAUGGAACGUCAGGGCGGGGAAGUGGGAGCGGGCGAUGAGAUGAGGGGGUUGACAACGCGGCUGGUGCAGGAGCUACCAGACCCGUGGCUCGCCGCACAUGCUGAUGUGCACAGGUGCAUUCUCCUGGGUGUGAGUGCGGGUGCCAACGUGGCAGACCAGGUGGCACGGCGCUGUGUCACACCGCACGGGGUGAACGAGCUGCAGCCACUCGUGGUGCUCGGGCAGGUGCAGCUGUACCCUCUGUUUGCGGGGUCCAUGCCGACGCCAAGCGAGAUGAAGGCGCGAGACGCCUACUUCUUUGACAAGCCCACGUGCGAGCUGGUGUUCCGCCUCUUCCUGCCCGACGAUGACUUCUCCCUGGACCACCCGGCGGUGAACCCGCUGCUGCGGGAGCACCUGCCUCCGGGCAUGCCGCCGACGCUGCUGGUGGUGGCGGACCACGACAUCCUCACCGACCGCGCCAUCGCCUACUCUGUCUUCCUCAAAAACUUCGGCAUCGACGUGCAGGUGAACAGCUACAAGGACGUGGUGCAUGGGUUUGCAACAUACGAGGGCAUGGUGAACACGCCACAGGCAGAGGCAUGUGCAGAGGACAUAGCGAUGUGGAUCACCAAGCACCUAACUGGGAACUUCUACCGUCUUAUUGGCGCCAGUGCGUCCGUUUCCACGCCCACCGUCACCCGCUUGCCUCUCGCGCGCCCGUCGCCGCCCUCCAAGGUCAGGUUCAUGGACACGGGAGCUUCUCCCCCCGCGACAGUCACGGCGGCCGAUAUUGGCGAUGCGGACCGGCUACAGGAGUGGUUGGAGGCGCGGUUGCCGGGCGGCAAGGCGGUGCUGGAGCGGUGGGGCAGUGAGCGGGGCACGAAGCGCGUGGCGAAUCUGUGGCAGGAGCUGGUUGACGGUGAGGUGUGCCUCGUGGACUCGCGCCCGCCGCUGCGCAAGGUGAGCGUGGCGAGCGUGCACGUGCGGCACGCGCGUACGGGCAAGGUGCUGCUGGAGGCGAUGCAGGAGAUGGGGGACGGAACGGUGCGCGCGAGGAACCGCCCGCUGUCGGAGAAGAUGCGGCCCGCGGAGAACCCCCUGGACGCGUGCCGGCGCGGUAUUCUCGAGGAGCUGGGCGAGGACCUCGGGGCGAGCCACCGCGUGUCGGUGCUGGCGGACACGCUGCGGCGGCAGGUGGAGGAGCGCGAGUCGUUCUCGUACCCCGGGCUGCGGUCGCAGUACGAGAUUCACGUGGUGGAGGCCGUGGUGGAGGGCCUGCCGGAGGCGAGCUUCUGUACUGUGGAGAACGAGGGGCAGGCGAAGAGCAGCAGUAAGGGGCACCGGUGCGCUGCUGUCAGCGGCGAGGGGCCCUGCAUGUGGGCUGGCAGUGACAGCGGCGAGCCUAGGCCCAGGCCGUGCGGGCGUGGGGCAGGAGCAGGUGCAGGGGGCAUGAGCAAGGGGGCUGCAGGGCAGGGGGUGAAUGGAGGGGUUUGUUCCAGUGAGGGCGAGGGGCUGGGCAGUGGAAGUGAUGGUGAGCAGCGUGUGCUGGGCGUGAAGAGGCACUUCUGGGUGUGGACGGACACAAGGUGA